UGCGCGUGGGCUAACCUGAAGCUGCGAGUGGGCGAACCGAUGUGCGCAGCCUGAGAAAUAAAUUCGAGAGCCCAGGCCGGAGCCUUGCGACUGCCCUCCUGCUGCGCCGGCGGAGGGUUUAAAGUGAAUAAACAAUGGCCAAUAAUAACAAACCUUCAGGAAGUCGCCCUGUUUCACGAGGUGGAAUUGGGUUGACAGGAAGGCCUCAUUCUGGAAUACGACCCCCAUCAGGAAAUAUUCGAGUGGCAACUGGAAUGCCACCUGGGACUGCAAGACCAGCUUCUCGUAGUGGUUCCAUAGGGGCAGGUGGAGUUCUGUCUUCUCAAAUCAAAGUUGCUGAUCGUCCUGUAACACAACAAGGUUUGAGUGGAAUGAAAACUGGGAUGAAAGGUCCCCAGAGGCAAAUUUUAGACAAAUCUUACUAUCUUGGGCUUCUUAGAAGUAAAAUAAGUGAACUUACAACUGAAAUUAACAAACUUCAGAAAGAAAUAGAAAUGUACAAUCAAGAGAAUUCAGUGUAUUUGUCAUAUGAAAAGAGGGCUGAAACUUUAGCUGUUGAAAUCAAAGAGUUUCAAGGACAACUAGCAGAUUACAACAUGUUGGUGGAUAAACUUAAUACCAAUACUGAAAUGGAAGAAGUAAUGAAUGAUUACAACAUGCUUAAAGCUCAAAAUGAUCGAGAGACACAAAGUAUGGAUAUCAUAUUUACUGAAAGACAAGCGAAAGAAAAACAAAUUAGAAGUGUAGAAGAAGAAAUUGAACAGGAAAAACAAGCAGCAGAUGGCAUUAUAAAAAAUAUGUCUCCUGAAAAACAAGUCAAAUACAUAGAGAUGAAAACCACAAAUGAGAAAUUGCUACAGGAAUUAGAUACACUUCAGCAACAACUAGAUUCACUGAACAUGAAAAAAGAGAGCCUAGAAACUGAAAUAACACACUCCCAGGUAAAACAGGAGGCUGUAUUGCUGCAUGAAAAACUUUAUGAAUUAGAAUCCCAUCGAGAUCAAAUGGUUGCAGAAAACAAAAGCAUGGGAUCCCCAAUGGAAGAGAGAGAGAAAUUACUUAAGCAGGUUAAAGAAGAUAAUCAGGAAAUAGCCAGCAUGGAGAGACAGUUAACAGAUAUAAAAGAAAAAAUAAACCAGUUUAAUGAAGAAAUUAGACAACUUGAUAUGGAUUUAGAGGAACACCAAGGUGAAAUGAAUCAGAAAUACAAGGAGCUAAAAAAAAGGGAAGAAAAUAUGGACACUUUUAUUGAGACUUUUGAGGAAACUAAGAGUCAGGAACUGGAACGGAAGGCACAGAUAGAAGCCAGCAUUGUUUCACUUUUGGAGCACUGUAGUCGUGAUUUAAAUCGUAUGAAACAGAUAUCCUCUGUCACCAAUCAAGAGCUAAAAAUGAUGCAGGAUGACCUCAAUUUUAAAUCUACUGAAAUGCAAAAAUCGCAAAGUACAGCUAGAAAUUUGACUUCAGACAGUCAGCGUCUACAGCUGGAUCUACAGAAAAUGGAGCUUCUGGAAAGUAAAAUGACUGAGGAGCAGCAUUCUCUAAAAAGCAAAAUUAAGCAAAUGACAACUGAUCUAGAGACAUACAAUGAUUUGUCAGCUUUAAAAUCCUCAGGUGAAGAAAAGAAAAAGAAAUUACAGCAAGAAAGAACAGUAUUAUCAAUUCGCAGAAAUGCUUUUAAGAAAAUAAUGGAGAAACUAAAUAUACAAUAUGAGACGCUAAAAACACAACUGCAAGAAAAUGAGACACAUUCUCAGCUUACAAAUUUGGAGAGAAAGUGGCAACACCAUGAGCAAAAUAAUUUUGUGAUGAAAGAAUUCAUAGCAACCAAGAGUCAAGAAAGUGAUUACCGGCCAAUAAUGAAGAAUGUGACCAAGCAGAUUGCAGAAUACAAUAAAACCAUCGUGGAUGCUCUACACAGUACUAGCAGAAACUGAGUCUGAAUCCACUAAAAGUUUCUAAUAAAAAAAUAGUUUCUGAUUGCUAAACUUAGUUCAAGCAGGCUAAAAACAUUAAAAGAAAUAACUUACCCUUGAAGAGUCUUACCUGAACUUUCCAAAUGCUGUAACUUUUGUGGCCUCUUUGAAGAGUAAUAUUUUAAAUAUAAUAGUUCAAUAAAUAGUUUGCAUAU